AUGGGUUUCCACCCGAUGAUCUCUCUGUUAGUGCUUACCAUACUGCAGAUCAACAAUGCAGUUUCAAAUGCUGAGGAAUCUCAGACAUACAUCAUUCACCUGGAUCAUUCCCACAAACCUACGUCUUUCGCCACCCAUGAAUCAUGGCACAGGUCUCUACUGUCAUCUUCGUCUCUGGCUAUUCAAGAGAACGAAUUGUUGUUGUACUCAUACAGCCAUGUCAUGCAUGGCUUCAGUGCCAAGCUCACAGCCUCUCAACUGUUGGAAUUGGAAAAAUCCCCGGCGCAUGUAGCUACAUACCCCGAGUCUUUUGGCAAGCUCUUCACAACACACAGCUCCAAGUUUUUAGGCCUACAACAAAACUCUGGCUUAUUGCUUGCUUCCUCAUCUGGCCAAGAUGUGAUCAUAGGGAUUAUAGAUACUGGAGUGUGGCCAGAGAGCGAGAGUUUUAGUGAUAGGGGAAUGUCUGAAGUGCCAAAAAGAUGGAAAGGCGCAUGCGAGAAUGGAACUGACUUCAGCCGAUCUCUCUGCAACAACAAGCUCAUUGGGGCUCGAUCCUUUAGCAAAGGCCUGAAAGCAGCAGGACUCAAAAUCUCUAAAAAACAUGACUUUGAUUCACCAAGGGAUUGGUUUGGUCAUGGAACUCACACUUCAUCAACAGCUGCAGGUAACUAUGUACUUGGCGCAAGUCAUUUCGGAUAUGCAAAAGGCACAGCAAGAGGGGUGGCACCGCGAGCCCAUGUUGCCAUGUACAAGGUCAUUUGGGAAACAGACGCAUCAGCAGGAAUGCUUGUAGCUAGUGACGUGCUUGCAGGCAUGGACCAGGCAAUUGCUGAUGGUGUUGACAUAAUGUCACUGUCCUUAGGCUUUGACUUUUUUCCUUAUUUCAAGGAUGUCAUUGCCAUUGCUUCUCUUUCUGCACUUGAAAAGGGAAUUGUUGUUAUUUGUGCUGCUGGAAAUGACGGGGAGUACAAUACAACAUACAAUGGAGCACCCUGGAUCACAACAGUAGGGGCCGGCACACUUGAUCGCACCUUCACUGCAACAUUGACUCUGGAUAAUGGUUUGACAGUUGAAGGAACAUCAUACUUCCCGGAGAGCGUUUACAUUACUGAUGCGCCAUUCUACUACGGCAAAGACAAUGUAGACAAAGCAGUAUGCAAUUUUGGGGCACUGGACCAUAAAGAAGUGAAGGGAAAGGUAGUGAUCUGCGAUAAUUCCACUGACACUGAUGUGAAAGGGCAAAUGAAAGAGGUAGAGAGGGCAGGUGGUUAUGCUGGGAUCUUCAUGGCAGAUUUCACAUCUGUAGACCCAGAAGACUUCUCCAUUCCUGCCAUCAUUGUUCCAUUAGCGACAGGGGACUUGAUCAGAGACUAUGCAACACAGGCCAAUACAACUCGAGUUAAGAACCUGAGUUUUGUGCACACAAACUUGGGUACCAAACCCUCACCAGAAGUAGCGGAGUUCUCUUCAAAAGGACCAGACCCGAUCACUCCGGGUAUUCUAAAACCAGACAUUCUUGCUCCAGGAGUCAAUGUGCUUGCAGCAGUUAUACCAAACAAGCGAUGCAUGACAGUAAACAAUUAUGAUUUUGUGACAGAUUAUGCACUAGACUCAGGAACAUCAAUGGCGACACCCCAUGUCGCCGGAGUGGCAGCUCUGCUUAAGGCUGUUCACCGAGAAUGGAGUCCAGCAGCCAUCCGAUCGGCCAUCAUGACCACCGCAUACUCAACUGACAAUACUCGAAAGACCUUACAAAUUCAAAGGUAUCAUCGUCCCGGAACGCCCUUGGAUUUUGGUGCAGGCCAUAUCAACCCAAACAAAGCCAUGAACCCUGGACUAAUCUAUGACAUGGACGUGCAGGAUUACAUUGAGUUUCUAUGUGGCCUUGGGUAUAAUGACAACGAAAUGAAAGCUGUUAUCAGACGAAGCCAGUGGCACUGCAGCUCAAAAGCUGCUGACCUAAACUACCCUUCUUUCAUAGCCAUUUUUAAUGGAACAGACUCCCCUAAAGCCAAAGACUUCAGCAGGGUUGCGACAAACGUGGGGGAUGAUACAUCAACCUACAGAGCAUAUUUAGAAGUUCCGAAAGGGAUGAGGAUUACAGUACAGCCUAGUAUUCUAGUAUUCACAGGCAAGAAUCAAGAGCAAGGUUUCACUCUGAGCAUAGCGGUCGAUAGUGAUGCCCCAAGUGUUAUCUAUGGUUAUUUAAGAUGGAUUGACCAGUAUAACCACAUAGUAUCAAGCCCUGUAGUAGCAAUUAUCAACUAGUUGAUACAAAAUAAACCUCAAACACAAAGUAAAACAAAUUAAAACGUGUUUCCACUCGUCUCUAACAGAAUUGAGAAGCACCAUGCUUGUCAUGUCAUCACCUCAUCAAAUACACAUACUGUAUAGCUGUGAGAAGUAGGCAGAGCAGCGUGGACAAGUCUUUUUCCUGUGCUGUUCUUCU